UCACUCACGUUACACUCGAAGCACGGCCGCGCGCGACGACGUACGACGACGACUCGUCUAUCUAUACCGCACUUCCUCGCAACCGCGUUUAUUCUCGUUCCGGACGCCUUUAGAUGCCUUUCGGAGCGACGCGUCGCUCGCGCGCAUCACUCUCACAAUUCGCGGAUUCGCUGGACUCAUCGUCAUCGUGUGCCGUAGUGUAGUGUGAAUCGGGGCGAUAUCCCUUUUCGGAGAAGGUCUACGCGAUUCUCUGGUCGACGACGCUCCGCCUUCGCUGCGAAAACGGUUCGGUUAUUAAAGCCGGCCAAUUAAAUGUGUCAAUAUGGAAGAUCAAAUGAUGGACGAGUUUUGCGGCACCAAGUUUUGGGAUGCUAAUCUAACAUGGUACACAAACAAUCCAGAUCUAACAGAAUGCUCAAAAACGGUAUUGGUAUGGAUACCAUGUCUAUUUUUAUGGGUAUUCUCACUGAUGGAAGCAUAUUACCUUAUAAAUAGUAAAAGAAGAAAUGUCCCGUAUACAUGGUUAUUUAUUUCUAAGCAAGUACUUACAGUAGGAUUAAUUAUAAUUUCCAUAGUUGAUAUAAUACUGGCAGGGUAUGCUCAUCAUACGGUCUACAGUGUAGAUUAUUACACACCAUUUAUAAAAAUUAUUACUUUUAUAUUAGCAUCUAUUUUAAUGAUAUAUAAUAGAAAACGUGGAAUGCGGACAUCAGGUCUUUUAUUCCUAUUUUGGUUUUUCCUUGCAUUAUGUGGAAGUGUACAGUACAGAGUUUCUAUAAAUGAUUUAAUUGAUGGGAAAGAGUCGUCAUCUCUAUCGAUAACUUAUAUGACCAACUAUACAAUAGUUGUGAUAUUGUUUGUACUUAAUUUUCUGGUCGAUGCAGAGCCUAAAUUCUCCGAAUAUCCUACGGUUGAAACACCAUGUCCAGAGCAAAGCUCUUCUUUUCCAUCAAGAAUUCUUUUUGCGUGGUUCGAUUCCUUAGCAUGGAAAGGUUUCCGAAAACCGCUCGAAACAUCCGAUCUAUGGUCCAUGAAUCCAGAGGAUAUGGCCACAGAAAUAGUGCCGAAAUUCGAUAAAUAUUGGAAUAAAAACUUGAUAAAAACAGAUGAGUUGGUUUGGACUUACUUUAGAGUAGAAAGUGCAAAAGCAUCAUUUCGAAAAGCGUCUGGACAAGUGGAUUUUAAUAGCGGCCGAAAAAAGAAAGUUGCUUCCAUCCUACCGCCUAUCUGUAAAGCUUUCGGUGCUACAUUCAUGUUUGGCGCUUUCCUGAAACUGAUUCAAGACGUUAUGACUUUUAUUAGCCCUCAAAUAUUAAAGCUCUUAAUUGCUUUCAUCGAAGGAGAAGAAGAAAUGUGGAAAGGUUACGUUUAUGCCGGAUUACUUUUACUUACAGCAGUACUUCAAACGUUAAUACUAUCCCAAUAUUUUCAUCGUAUGUUCUUAGUCGGAUUGCGCAUACGUACUGCAUUAAUUGCGGCAAUUUAUCGCAAAGCAUUGAGAUUGUCGAACGCAGCUAGAAAGGAAUCCACACUCGGUGAAAUAGUAAAUCUAAUGUCUGUAGACGCCCAAAGAUUUAUGGACUUAACCGCGUACAUAAACAUGAUAUGGUCGGCUCCUCUACAAAUCGCCUUAGCUUUGUACUUUUUAUGGGAGAUACUAGGACCGGCGGUGCUCGCCGGCUUAGCAGUUAUGAUCAUUCUUAUUCCCGUGAACGGCUUAAUCGCGAACAAAGUGAAAACGUUACAAAUCAGACAAAUGAAGAGCAAGGACGAGAGGGUAAAGUUAAUGAACGAAGUACUUAAUGGUAUAAAAGUGUUGAAGUUGUAUGCGUGGGAACCUUCAUUCGAACAGCAGAUACUUAAAAUCAGAGUCAAGGAAAUCCAAGUAUUAAAAGAAGCGGCGUAUUUGAAUGCUGGUACGAGCUUUAUAUGGUCGUGCGCACCCUUUUUGGUAUCACUGGUAUCUUUUACAACUUAUGUACUUAUAGACGAAAAGAAUGUCCUAGACAGUACAACUGCCUUUGUUUCGCUCAGUUUGUUCAACAUCUUAAGAUUUCCACUUUCUAUGCUGCCCAUGAUGAUUGGUAAUAUAGUUCAAGCUUAUGUCUCUGUAAAACGCAUCAAUAAAUUUAUGAACAUGGAGGAGUUGGAUCCUAAUAAUGUACAGCAUGAUCCAUCAGAAGCUCACGCGUUAGUAAUUGAGAACGGUAGCUUCUGUUGGGACAAUGAACACAUUGAGAGACCAAUACUGCAAAAUAUCAAUUUCCAUGUAGAACAAGGUCAAUUAGUAGCAAUAGUUGGUACAGUGGGAUCAGGCAAGACAUCCCUUCUAUCUGCUAUGCUUGGCGAGAUGGAGAAAUUAAAUGGGAAAGUAAACACAAAAGGCUCGAUUGCAUAUGUCUCUCAGCAACCGUGGAUACAAAAUGCCACUUUGCAGGACAAUGUACUAUUCGGAAAGGCCUUAAACAAAUCGAUAUACAAUCGUGUGAUCGAAGCGUGUGCAUUAACCCCGGAUCUCAAGAUGUUACCUGCGGGAGAUCAAACAGAGAUUGGGGAGAAAGGCAUAAAUCUGUCUGGUGGUCAAAAGCAGAGAGUGGCCUUAGCAAGAGCUGUAUAUAACGAUUCGGAAAGUUAUUUCUUAGACGAUCCUUUGAGCGCGGUAGAUUCGCAUGUAGGAAAACACAUAUUUGAGAAUGUGAUAGGUCCGAACGGUCUGCUGAAGAAGAAGACGAGAGUACUUGUUACACAUGGUAUCACGUAUCUGCCAGAGGUCGAUAAUGUUAUCGUUCUUAAAGAUGGCGAGAUAACGGAGAGCGGAACUUACAAGCAACUGUUAGAGAAAAAGGGCGCCUUCGCAGAGUUCUUAGUGCAUCACUUACAAGAAGUUGGAAAUCUGCACGUUGAUGAAGGUUCCGAAGCAGAUUUACGAGAAAUUAAACAACAACUUGAAUCAACAAUAGGAGCAGACGAGUUACAGCAGAAAUUAACUCGAGUACGAUCAAGAAUAUCCGAGAGUCUAAGCGAAUCUGGUUCUAUGACUGAUAGAAAAUCGCUCAAUGGUUCUUUAAAAAGGCAAUAUUCGACAGAAAGUCAACAAUCGGCGAAUUAUUUGCAUAGCAAUAGUAUGAUAGAGAAAGAGGGACCGAAAUCUAAUAACGUCGGGGAGAAACUAAUAGAAGUCGAAAAAGCGGAAACUGGAAGUGUAAAAUGGAAAGUGUAUUCUUACUAUUUGAAAUCUAUUGGAUGGUUCUUAUCGAUAUCAACGAUCGUGAUGAACGCGGUCUUCCAAUCAUUCAGCAUCGGUUCAAGCGUUUGGCUCAGCGUUUGGGCGAAUGAUAAUCUAACCAUCGUGAACGACACAGUCGACACGGCGAAACGAGACAUGUACCUCGGAGUAUACGGUGUACUUGGUCUUGGACAAGCGAUGGCGAGCUUUUUCUGCGAUUUGGCACCGCAGCUGGGCUGUUGGUUGGCUGCUCGUCAGAUGCACAUAGUGAUGCUGCGUGCUGUGAUGCGUGCUCCAUUGACCUUCUUUGAUACGACUCCUAUUGGUCGUAUUAUCUCCAGGUUUGCUAAAGACGUGGACAUACUGGAUACAUCUCUUCCUCCACAAAUUUCUGAUACCAUCUAUUGCCUGUUCGAGGUCAUAGCCACUCUUGUUGUAAUAAGCUACAGUACACCUAUAUUUAUCGUGGUGAUACUGCCAAUAGGUGCGAUUUAUUAUUUUAUUCAACGUUUUUACGUUGCGACGUCGCGCCAAUUAAAACGAUUAGAAUCUGUUUCCAGAUCUCCUAUAUAUUCGCAUUUUAGUGAAUCGGUGACCGGUGCACAAAUAAUUAGAGCAUAUGGCGUACAAGAACAAUUUAUCCAAGAGUCUGAAAAUAGAGUAGACUUCAAUCAAGUGUGUUAUUAUCCUAGUAUUAUUUCAAACAGAUGGUUGGCCGUGAGACUGGAAAUGGUUGGAAAUUUAAUUAUAUUCUUCGCAGCAUUGUUUGCUGUUUUGGGUAGAGAUACUAUGAGUUCAGGACUUGUCGGUCUAUCAGUCAGCUAUGCCUUACAAAUUACCCAAACCUUAAACUGGCUGGUACGUAUGACAUCCGAUGUCGAGACCAACAUUGUCGCGGUAGAGAGAAUAAAAGAGUACGGAGACACGAAGCAGGAAGCACCAUGGAAGAAUACGGAGUAUACGCCUCCGAAAGAGUGGCCUAUGAAUGGUCGUGUCGAUUUCAAGAAUUUUCAGGUUCGCUACAGGGAGGGAUUAGAUCUCGUGCUGAACGGUUUAACGUUUAGCGUGCACGGCGGUGAGAAGAUCGGCAUCGUGGGCAGAACCGGCGCCGGAAAAUCAUCCUUGACUCUGGCGCUCUUUAGAAUAAUCGAGGCGGCUCAUGGGAAGAUCUUGAUCGACGAUGUUGAUAUUUCCAAGCUGGGUCUUCAUGAUCUGCGUUCGAGAUUGACCAUUAUUCCGCAGGAUCCCGUAUUGUUUUCCGGAACACUGAGAAUGAAUCUGGAUCCUUUCGAUUAUCAUAACGACGAGGAGAUCUGGAAAGCGUUGGAACACGCUCACCUAAAAUCAUUUAUAAAAAACUUGCCAAAUGCUCUUUUACACGAAGUCACUGAAGGCGGGGAAAAUUUAAGUGUCGGACAACGACAAUUGAUCUGUUUGGCGAGAGCGUUACUUAGAAAAACGAAGGUUCUCAUAUUGGAUGAGGCAACAGCCGCUGUUGAUUUAGAAACGGAUGAUCUAAUACAAACUACCAUUCGCCAAGAAUUUAAGCAUUGUACAGUUCUUACAAUAGCUCAUAGACUCAACACUAUUCUAGAUUCAGAUAGGGUGAUUGUGUUGGAUAAAGGUCUGAUUGUUGAAUAUGAUUCUCCAGAAGUGCUACUUCGCAAUCUAUCUAGUUCUUUCUACAGUAUGGCAAAGGACGCAGGUCUAGCUGCUUGAAAUGUAUAUAAUAAUGAUUCUUUUUUUAGCAGCUAUACAUUAUUCACGAGCCAACGUUCCAAUCAAAGGAAAGCCGUAGAACAAACAACGCAUAGCCUUAGUAUGAUACAGAAAAACUUAAUUUGUAAAAUGGUAAAAUAUUUCUAUGCAAAGAAAAGAAAAAAGGUGAGCGUUUAGCGCAAUCGACGAUGUAAUAUAUAUAUCUCUGAUUCCUCCUCAAAAUUGUUGCCAGAUUUUAUUCUAUGAGGAACUAUUCUUCCCGAUUGUAUCGUCGAUUUGCGAUAUUAUAUUGACUCCUUAUAUUCUAGAAUAAGUUUUGUAGCUUCUUUCAUUACAAGCAAUGCGACACUUUAUUUGUAUUUAGCUAAUUUAAUUAUUUAUUAAUUAUUUCAAAAUUGAAACCGGGCAGUUAUGAGGUGGAACUCCCGCGUGAUAAAUAUGUUAGCAUUUUGGUAAAUAGAGUACAAGUAAAUUAUUUUUCAUUAUUA